GGCAGCAGGGGCGGGCGGAGCGCGGCUCCCGCACCGCACGCGGCGCGGGCUCGGCAGCCUCGGCCGGGCGGGCACGCCGGCCCCGUGUCCAGCACCAGGCAGGCUUCGGGGCUCAGGACUCUGCCUUCGGCGAGGGCAGAGGUCCGGUGGGGUGCCCGCACUGGGGGGCGCCAGCGAAGGCUCCCGAGAGCCGCUGGCCCUGGGAGUCAAUGCAUGUGCCCGGCUGAAGACAGCAGCAGCCAGAAGCUCCCGGCACCCCGGCCCCACGCUCUCUGAAUACCAAGCUGCAGGCGAGCUGCCCGGGGCUUUUUGCUCUCUUGCUUUUCCUCUCCUCAAAUUCAGAGUGGGCAAUCCAUACCGAUUUCUUUUCAGGGAAGGGGAAAGACAGGGCCUGGGGUCCCAAGUCACACACAAGUCUUCGCUGCCAUGGGGGCCGUCAUGGGCACCUUCUCAUCCCUGCAGACCAAACAAAGGCGACCCUCUAAAGACAUCGCCUGGUGGUAUUACCAGUAUCAGAGAGACAAGAUCGAGGAUGAACUAGAGAUGACCAUGGUUUGCCACCGGCCUGAGGGACUGGAGCAGCUUGAGGCCCAGACGAACUUCACCAAGAGGGAGCUGCAAGUCCUUUACCGAGGAUUCAAAAAUGAGUGCCCCAGUGGCGUGGUCAAUGAAGAAACAUUCAAGCAGAUCUACGCGCAGUUUUUCCCUCAUGGAGAUGCCAGCACAUAUGCCCAUUACCUCUUCAAUGCCUUCGACACCACCCAGACAGGCUCUGUGAAGUUCGAGGACUUCGUGACGGCUCUGUCUAUUUUACUGAGAGGGACAGUCCAUGAAAAGCUAAGGUGGACAUUUAAUUUGUAUGACAUCAAUAAAGACGGCUACAUAAACAAAGAGGAGAUGAUGGACAUAGUCAAAGCCAUCUACGACAUGAUGGGGAAAUACACCUAUCCUGUGCUCAAAGAGGAUACUCCCAGGCAGCAUGUGGAUGUCUUCUUCCAGAAAAUGGAUAAAAAUAAAGAUGGCAUCGUAACUUUAGAUGAAUUUCUUGAAUCCUGUCAGGAGGAUGACAACAUCAUGAGGUCUCUACAGCUGUUCCAAAACGUUAUGUAACAAAGGACACUCACGAUCCUGCUCUCAGAGACACUGAACAAACACCUCAACGCCCUGAUCUGCCCUUGUUCUGAUUUUACACACCAACUCUUGGGACCUUUUACACUUUGGAAGAAUUCUCUGCUGAAGACUUUCUACAAAACCUGGAACCGCGUGGCUCAGUCUCUGAUUGCCAACUCGUUCUCCUUCCUCCUCUUGAGAGAGACGAGAUGAAACCUGAGUUUGUUUCAGAAGCAUGCCCAUCUCUUCAUGCUGCUGCCCUGUGGAAGGCCCCUCUGCUCGAGCUUAAACAGUAGUGCACAAUUUUAUGCUUACAUGUCCCCGACUCACUGCCUCCAAGUCAGGCAGACCCAGAGGAAUCUGGAAUCCAGAGGACCUGAGCCAAAUGUCCACCAUCCUCUGGUGGCUUCCCAAGCCAACGUGCCUGUUUCUCUUCCUCUGGUGGGAAGAAAGAGUGUUAUGCAGAACAAUUAGAGUUUAUUGUGACAAGAUUGGGAGAAGGCAGCACCUAACACAUGUAGAAUAGGACAGAAUUAUCAAGCAUGGUGUCAUCAGAUGACCCAAACUGCUCAUGUCUUUUGUUUCCAGAGGUGGAGAGUAAUAAUUCUCCCACACUAGCAUCCAUGCUCAUAAAGCAAGUCUCUUAACACGCCCGGGAGGGGAACCAUUGCCCAGUGGUCUGGCCCUUCUCUCCAUUCAUCCCCUGCUCAAGCCCACACUGCAUGUCCCUCCCAGAACGUCCAGAAUGCCUGUGAAAUGCUGUACUUUUAUACCCUGUUCUAAUCAAUAAACAGAACUAUUUCGUA